GGGUCGUAAACCAACCAUACCGUAACACUGUGGCCGGAACAUUCACGACAUGUCUUUGAGAGGUCAAGUGCGAAGCCUGUACAAGCAGUUACUAUUUAUUGGUAGAGAGUAUCCAGCCGGUUUUGAGUUCUACAGGGCGCGGUUGAAAGCAGCCUUUCUUAAAAAGCGGGAUUUGUCAGAUCCCGAAGACAUCCGAAAGGCUCUCCGCCAGGGAGAAUUUGUCCUCAAAGAACUAGAAGCUCUCUGGUUUCUCAAAAAGUACAGGCAUUUGAAGCAGAAGUAUUAUGAUCAAUAAAUGUCCUAUUUAGAGGUUAUAUUUGGAUGGCCUGGAUGGGAGAAGCCUGUGAUCUUCGUGGCGAUCGCCACCGUUGCUGACAGUUAUUUAUUCAGAUGGCUGGUAAGGAUGAACCAGCAGCUCAGAAAAUUCUUUGAUGCUGUCUACCCCUCGUAUCUCCUUGGUAAGCAAGGGCAUUUCUACAAUAUGAAAAUCUUCGUACAACUCGUG